AUGUCAACUCCAACUUCCCCAACAGGAAGCACCCUCUCCUCCCGUCGCAGAUCCCAUAAAUCUCUCUCCCUCGACCUCUCCAACCUCCCUCCACUCACACAACCCACGCCCCCAUCCAACACCCUCCUCAUAACCAACCUCAAAGACACCGAGAUCUUCCGCCCCGAUAACCUCCAAUCCAUCAAAGAGCUAAUCAACACCUCCGCACCCAUCCAUACCUGGGCGCCUUUAAAAUCCUUCUCCCGCAUCAUCGUCUCCUUCUUCUCCGAAGAAUCCGCCAUCCGCAUCCGUCAAAUCCUCGACGGCGAAGAAAUAAUGGGCGAACAAGUGCGCGUAUAUUUCGGUCAACCUACAUCCAUCUCUCCAAAAGACACACAUCUCAAUCUUCCCGACGCGGGAAAACUCUUCUUCAUCUCUCCACCGCCUUCUCCUCCUCAUGGCUGGGAAAUGAAAAUGGAAGAUGCGCCCAAUAAGCAAGUUCACGCUGAGGAUUUGGCAGAAGCCUUGGCUAAAUUACAUCAUCGUCCCAAUACCGAGUUACCCGCUAGCCCUAUGAGUGAUAAUGGAUCGACUGCGUCGUCGAAAUACGGCAGAGGAAGAAGCGCGAGUAUGACGACUAUCUAUGAUCCUCAGGCUCAUGGAUUCAGUCCCAAUUUACCGGCGAUAGCGGUGGAGGAUACAACGGGGGAUGAUUGGGGUAUGAGUCCCUUGGAGACGGAAAAGCCUAUCUUGGCGCAUACAGCGAGACCACCCGUGGAAUUGAUGGAGUGUUAG